CUCUUUCACUCUCUUUCGGUCCGAGCAACUCCUGCACAAGCACACACACCAGUGGAAGGCCGCUUACUUACUCUAACACUGCUAGUUUCACAAACAACACACACCCUAACUACCCUAACUCUCUCUCCCUCUCCUAAACAGACACUGGUGUGCUAUAACAUACAUACAUACAUACACAAAUACACAUAUAUUUAGUCAUACACAAAUAUAUAUAUUAUUAUUAUACCGACGGAAUAUCAUCGUGAAUGAAGGAAAAGAGUAUAGAUCACAGCAAACUGAAAGAUUAACAACACAACAAAUAUAUAUUUAUAUAUAUAAAGAAGCAAGCUGCUGUCUUCUCGCAAGCUCUCUCUCUUUCUCUCUGUGCUUUGGUGUGUAUAUUGUCUUGAUAACUACCUUUAGUCAAAAUAUACACACCUUACAACACUCAUAGACACCUAAGCAUAUAUCGGAAACCUUUGUCCUGCAAGGAUACAGUAGCAACCUAACGUUGUAUUUAUAUAUAUAAAUACACAUACGUACAUGUGUAUAUAAGUAUUUAUAUAUAUAUAUUAUUUAAUGUGUGUCUACAUAAAUCUACCCUUAUCUAUGAUAUAGUUUUAUUGUUUUCUACUCGGAGUCAACCAAAAGAAAGGAGAACAAGGAACAAAAAGUCAACAACUUGGUGAUAUAUUUUAUUUAGAUUUCAUUAUAUAUAUAUAUUUUACUAUAAUUAUUACUGUUUGCGGUUGUUCUUGUUAUUACCAUAUUUUCCUUUAACAAACUCUAAAACAAAAAAAAAGGAAAAUUUUAGAAACAUUAAAAGAAAGAAGAAGAAAAAAAGAGUCUUGAAGGAGGUUGAGGAAAACUAUUCAUCAUGUUAGCAUUAUUUCAAAGAAUCCUUGAUUGGUUCCGAAGUUUAUUCUGGAAGGAAGAAAUGGAAUUAACCCUAGUCGGCUUGCAGUAUUCUGGCAAGACUACGUUCGUUAAUGUAAUUGCGUCUGGUCAGUUCAGUGAAGAUAUGAUUCCAACAGUUGGUUUCAAUAUGAGAAAGAUUACUAAAGGGAAUGUGACAAUCAAGUUAUGGGAUAUUGGUGGUCAGCCAAGAUUCCGUAGUAUGUGGGAACGAUACUGUCGAGGAGUCAAUGCCAUUGUUUAUAUGGUAGAUGCCGCUGACCUGGAGAAGACGGAGGCAUCAAGAAAUGAGUUGCAUAAUUUACUAGACAAGCCACAAUUACAGGGUAUUCCUGUGUUGGUGUUGGGAAACAAACGAGAUUUGCCCAGAGCCCUAGAUGAGAAAGAUCUUAUUGAAAAAAUGAAUUUAUCUGCUAUUCAGGAUAGAGAAAUUUGUUGCUAUUCCAUAUCAUGUAAAGAAAAAGAAAACAUAGAUAUAACUUUGCAAUGGUUGGUGCAACAUUCAAAAUCCGGUGGGCGAUUAGGCUGAUGUGUGUACAGUACACUGAUUUAUCUAUUUGAGAGAUUUGCUAAUGACACCUCCACCACUUCUACCAAAAUUCAUCAUCAUACAGACACCUGUGCUCAACAUUUUUCACUUUGGUUGUUGUUGUUGUUUUCUCACUUUCCCCCUCUCUCUGUCUUUUUACAAACAGCUGCUAUUUUUAGUUGCAAUUAAUGAAAGGUUAGUUAACUUCUUCAAAUACUAUUAAAUGUAAAACCAAGUAACACAUCUUCACAAACAUACACACAUACAUACAUAUGUAUUUAAAUAAGUUUACUUCCUUCUCUCUCCAUUUGUCUACAGGUUCAGUUUGUCAACCUGAAACAGCUUAUUUUAAUUAAUUAAUUAAUAUUCUUCAUUACCUAAAUUAACAGUGGCUGUCUUGUAUCUCUAAAUUAUAUUACUCAAAAUUCAUUACUCUUCUCCUUGCUCCAAAUAUAGGUAGAUAUUGGUAAUAUUAGGCACCUUAAUAAUUAAUGAAAAAUAAACUAUAUAUAAUCUCAUACAAAUAGGGGAAAAAACAUAAUACAUGUAGCUAUUUUAUGCAUUUGAAGUUUCAUGAUUCAUUCCAUUGCAACUUUGUUCCUUGCUUUCGUGUUCACUUGACAAACACAUGGAAACAAGAAACUUUGAGUAGCACCUAGAUGUAUCAUCAGCUAAAAAUGAAUUACAAACAAACACUUCAGCAACGCACUGUUUUAGAAAUGCAAAUUAAGAAAGACUUCUCUCUAAGUAUAGCAGAGCUACAUUGUUUCAUGUGCAGCAUUCACUCAGACAGCAUGAAAGAGCAACACCUGCAUGAAACACCAGGUAGCUAAAUUUAUACAAAAACCUGUACACACAUAUAUAUAAUAUAUGAGAGAGGGUAUUCAAUAGAGUAAAUGUGUAAUUCUCUAAAAUUAAAUAUUAAAAGAAAGUCUUAAAUCUAAGCUUAUAUAAUCAGUUUUCUUUGUCACUCAGAAGACUGCUCUAGUAUAUUUUGUGUUUCACAUAAAACUGGUAUUUUUAUGGGGGAAAAAAAGAGUACUGGUAAUUGAACAAAAUAUAAGGUUCUUAUAUAUACAUAUAUUUUUUUGGUUCAGCAGCUCUUUCAAAAACAGAAAAUGUAAAAAACUAUUCUUCUACACAUGGGCUUUUAACUUUUUUUUUUAAUCCUAUUUAUUUCUCCCUUCCUGCUUUUUCUCAUGCCUGCCUCUUAUCUGUCUGUCUUUGUAUGUAUGUACUUAACUAGGCACAUGCAUGCAUGUAUGUGUGUAUAUAUAAUGUUAUAUAUAAGAACUACAUAAGCUGCUUUCUUUUUCUUUCUUCAUUUGAGCACUAAUGGAUUCUUGUAUGUUUCUGGAGUUUGUGAAGCAGGGAACUAAAAAUUAAAAAAAAAUUAAAGCAGGACAUCCUAACAAGAGCAUCAGCUGCUAUAUUUGCUUAAAUAGAAAACAACAACCAACAACCCCAAAACAAAAUUAUUUCAAUAACAAAAUUAAAUCUCCCCCAAUUACAGAAGAAGGAAGAAAAAAAUGGGGAAGAAACUGUCAAAAUUGACUGUCCUUUGAAACCUCUCUGCACCAUUUCUGGAAUGUAUUCAAAGAUGAAGACAACAGUGGUUAGAAACAACCAACCUGUGGAUGUAUGUGGACAAAUUAGAUUGAAUCUGUGUCCAAACUGUAAGAUUAAAACAUUACUAUUAUGAAA